AUGUGCCACCUGAUUGGUCCGGCAACUCGCGGCCCAAUCCGAAAUGUUGUUGUCGUCAUCGAUUUCCCCACAUUAAAGGUUAGAAGUCGGCACUGGCACGCGCCCACAUCUUCUCCCUCACCUGCACUCUCGUUUGCUCUCGCCAGCAAAUCAAGCCCUUUGGCAUUGUUCUCCCAAUUGGUCAAUAUUCUCGUCCAAAAAGACACACUAGCUUUCGGUCUUCCGGUGGUUGUUGUUACAGCGGUCCAUAAGCUCAUCUUCGUACUCCUCUGGGCUAUUCAUAUCGGGUCUAUUGAACCAAUCUAUACGAAGCUUCGCAUAGCCCUCUCGGAGUAUCAAGACCUAUCUCAGCUUCUUUCAGACUUUGCUGUCAACCUAUUUCCCCACCGGAAGGCCUCCUCCAAAUUACUCCGCACCGUCACUAAGGAAGCUCAUCUGGAUACACAGAUGGAUCCACCAUCAGAACCUUCUACCUCUUCUACACCUCGCAUUUAUGAUGCGCAGGCGCCUUACAAUCACGACGAUGCGGAUCUUAUCCUAAGAAGCUGUGACAAUGUGGACUUCCGUGUCCAUCGCGUGAUGAUUUCGAGGGCAUCUAGUGUCUUCAAAGAACUUCUAUCCCUACCACAAGGCGUCUACUCGACCGGCAUCCAAGCCAAUAUUCCAGAUGAUACACGAGAUGGUCUCUCUAUCGUCCGCAUCCCCGAAGAAACAGAACACUCCCUUACCCUCCUCCUUGGGCUCUGUUACCCAGGCUACCACUCAGACUUCCGAAACGUUUCCGACGUAAAAGCCGCCCUGCGCAUCGCCGACAAGUUUCAAGUCCACAGCGUCUGGAAAGUCGAACCUCCACUGUGGCGAGCUAUGGAACAUGAACCAGAGACCGUCUUCCUCCUCGCUUGUCGCUGCAGUAUGCCGGACCUAUCCAGGGCGGCUGCGAAGCUGACCCUACGACAGAUCAAGUCGGUACUGGACGUGGCGGUGAGUGACGCUGAUGCAGCAGCGUACCUCCGCCUCAUGCGCUACCACGCCGAAUGUGUACGGGCGGCCGUUCAAGUCACGACAAACUUCGACUGGAUAAACGGCUCACGAAUCCCUUGUGCUAUCGGCGAGACGCAGAAAAGCGGUUCGUGCAUCUGUCCGCGCAUCACUCAGUGGACGGCGGGGUACUUCAAUCGGAGCAGCGUCGUGUCGUACAGCAUCCCGAAAUGGAUGAUGGGAUAUAUGGAGAGGUGCAGGGCUGCAUUGGAGAAGAGUCCGCAGGGAAGCACAGUGCAGCAUUGGAAUAGGCUGCUCCCUUCGUUGGCGAAGGCGAGCGAGUGUGCGUCAUGCAGGGAGAAGGUGUUUGAGCAUAUCGAGGAGUUUGGGGAUUUGUUUGCGUCGAUGGUGGAUAAGAGGGUGGCUGCUGUGAGUGUCCUGUGACUGUGUAUGCUGGCGAUGUGGUCUGGGGGUGGCGUGUCGUUGGAUGCUGAGCGUUUUCGGUUCUAGGUGGAUCUGCCCUGACUGGAACGAUGAUGUCAACGCCGGCCGCGAGUGUACCAUGCCCGCGACUGAUCAGGAUCCUUCGUUCGAAGUCAGCGACUUCGGUCCACCGUUUGACCGCGAGAGCGCGAAUGUCAUCAUUCGCUCCAAAGACGACGUCGACUUUCGAGCCUCUAGAGCCAUUCUGGUCGAAGCAUCUGAGUUCUUCCAAGACUUGUUCGUCAACGCCACUGUAGACGACGCAAGAGACGAUCUCCCUAUCGUCAAAGUGGAAGAGCAGCGCAAUACUGUCGAAUCCCUCCUUCGCUUGAUAUAUCCCAUGGACAAUCCUAUCGUGACAGAUAUAUGGGAGAUAGAAGCCCUCAUACGCGCGCUGGACAAGUACCUUAUCACGACCUACCCUCGGUUCGUCGAGAGCCUCCUCAAGGAUGCGAUGAGCAGAAGCCCACAUUUGGUAUCCGCAAUAGCACUCAAGUACGACAUGCCACAAAUCGCGGAUGACGCAGUGCUGGAGACUCUUCGCCGCCCGUUAUUCUUCACCGAAGGGUACACGAACACCCGUCGCUUGUUCACAAUCAUCAGUAGAGAGAGGUUCACCAGACUCAUGCGGUAUCAUCUCGAAUGCGUUUCCGAGGAUUGUGCCGUUCUACGGGCCAUGGAAGUGACCACGAACCCGUCCGAGUCCAGUACUCCUUGCUCUGAGCAUCUUCCCUGCGUUUGGUACCUCCCCACCACUCCUCGUGCUGAUUCCGCAUCUGCCGAGGCGUGGACCAACUCGUGCAGAUGCGCGAGACAGACCGGAAUGGAACACGCCGCCAGUGGCACUCGAUCAUUCACAGUGCCUGUCUGGGUGGUCAAUUUCAUGCGAAAGUGCAGGGCUCUUCUCAGCGACAGGCCACAUUGGGAGACAUUGACGAAAGAGGGUGUGGACGAUCAAUUGAUGGCUCCGUUUAUCCAAGAGGCGGCGAGGUGUCAUUGGUGCAGGAGGAGAGCACAGGAAGAACUGCCGCGAUUCAGGGAGAGAAUCGUUGCACUGAUCAAGGAAGGAAUCAUAUCA